AUUGAGGAGAAAUGUAGUUCCAGAUUGGCCAGAACUGCAAUUUCUAUCUAAUAAAAUGGUGUAUUAUGUUGUCACAGCAUUUUCGUGUAAUCUGUGAGUAAUUCAGAUUGCCUGGUCAGCCAUCGAACCUGCAUUUUUCAAGUAAAGUUCUUUUCUAUUUGUCUGUAAUUAGAGAACUGAGAAACGCAAUCUCUAUACACGUAUCCUGGUCAGCCAUAAAAAAUUCUGUAGCCAUAUCACCAUUGAAGGACGUACCUACCACGCGCUUAUAAAUAGCUAGGACCUGUAGUGUGCAUACAAAAGGGAAGUCCGUUAAUCCUAUUAUCCAGAAGGUUUCACUUUCAGUUGCACGGACCCAGAAAAAGGGAGAGCAUGGCCUUUCUUCAUCUUUCUUCGUCUCUUACACUCAGAGGCACCUCCCUACGUCCUGCAUUUAAAAUACCCGUUACGGCCUCAUCUCCCAUAUUUCCAAUCCAAAAUUCGACCAAAUUCAGCAACUGGGUUGUCGAUUUUCGGUCCAAAACUUUGAAAUUUUUGCUCUCUGGCGCUCUCACUCUCGGUCUAUCUCUCUCAGGAGUUGAAUUUGCUGAGGCGAAAGUUGGGGUUAACAAGCCAGAAUUGCUUCCUAAAGAGUUUACCACUGUUAUAGAUGUUGCUGGGUUCCUCUCUGAUGGCCAGGAGAAAAGACUUGCACAGGAGAUUCAAGACAUUGAGAAGGAUACUGGGUUUAAAUUAAGAGUUUUAGCUCAAAAUUAUCCUGACACACCAGGGUUGGCAAUUAAAGAUUUUUGGCGAGUGGAUGAUAGGACCAUUGUCUUUGUUGCAGACCCCACUUUCGGAAAUAUCUUGAAUUUCAAUGUUGGGGCUUCUAUUGAUCUAGACAUUCCACGUAGUUUCUGGAGUCGUCUGGCGGGGAAAUAUGGGAACAUCUUUUAUUGGAAAGAGAAGGGAGAAGAUGCUUCUAUUGAAUCUGCUGUUAUGGCUAUAUCAAAUUGCUUGAGAGAACCUGUAGGCCCAAAUAAUUGCUCUGAGGUAAAAUAAUUUUGGGUCUAACAUGCAAGAUUCUUUGUAUUCGUACUCUGUGACAAUUCGUUUGUACUGUAUAUGGUAUAAUUGUCUCAAGAAUUGUACAUCUGAGGUGCUAUUUCAUGUAAGAAUCAAGUACAAACCAGUAAACAAUUGUGUAUAUUUGUACAAGUAAAUAAAGAUCAAUGCAAUCCGGAUUUACAGCU